UACCAGCCAGUUCACCACCCACGGCACAGCUGCCAUGUCAGCUGUAAAUGACGCAUUUUCACUUGUUUUUAACCUCCAACAAAGUUCCUAAAAAAACGGAAGGUUUCAUGUGAAAAUUGAAUUUACACAAUUUUUUGAUGGUAUUUAAAUCACGUAGUGAAUGUGACAAUAAAUAAGCAAGAAAAGGGAGUAUUUUUCGAACGUUUUUUAAUGAGGAAUUUAAGGUUAAAUCGACGGAUUAAAAAGUGACGAUGACAGCGUCGAAGGAUUCUCGGUUUCGAGGCCUCGACGAUGAGACGGACCAGCGGGGACCACUUUUCGACGACAAGAAAUUGAAAAUUUCGGAAGCUGGUGUAUACGCAUAUUUAGCAAUAUGCUCACUUAGUCUUCCAGAAUUGUUUCCCAUCGAGUGGAAUGCAGACUUUAAUCAACAGUAUGUCAAGUCCCUUUGUCAUCAUCUGAGGGCCAACGAUAGAGUGGAGACUGUAAUGUUGGUGUUGGCAGAAGGGAAAAGUGGUCAAACUCCUGAAUUGUACAUUAGCUUGUUGAUGGAAGAAUCGGGCCUUGCUGGAAAAGCUAUUAUAAUUAUUCAAGAUGCAGUUUUGUUCGCAGUAAGAAAAGGAAUUGUAUCAGGUGAAUACGACGCAAGGCAAAGAGUUCUCGCUAGACAUCUUGCUGAACUUUUAAACGUUCCUUUCGAUCUCAUCGAACUCUAUGAACAUUCGCUGGUAGAAUUACUGAGUAAAGAAGUUGCUGAAAGGACCGAGGCUGAGGAAGAAGCGACGAAGCGACGAGACAGAAUUAAAAAAAUCAAGAGAUACGCUUCGGUGGGGGUGGCAACAAUUGCUGGUGGUACUCUUAUCGGAUUAACCGGUGGAUUGGCAGCACCUUUCAUUGGUGUCGGAGUGGGAACGAUACUCGGUGGAGCAUCUGCAGCAGCGAUCGCGAGCACGACUGGUGUCGCUAUAGUUGGUUCCAUAUUCGGCGUUGCUGGAGCCGGCUUAACAGGGUACAAAAUGAAUAAACGAGUGGGGCAAGUCGAAGAAUUUGGAUUCAUGCCACUCUCACGCUUGACCGAGACCGACAGUCAGUUGCACAUCGCGAUAGCUAUAACCGGUUGGCUCAAGGACGAGAAUCCUGGCAAUGUCGAAAGGCCCUGGCGAUGCCUGGCUAUUUCUCGUGAACAAUACGCCCUCAGAUACGAAACAAAAUAUCUUCUCGAACUGGGUCAAGCGCUAGAGUAUAUUCUCAGUAUUGCUGUUUCGCUCGCUACACAGGAGGCUCUGAAAUACACAAUUUUAUCGAGCUUGAUGGCUGCGGUAGCCUGGCCAGCGGCUUUACUUUCAAUAGCUUCAGUGAUCGACAAUCCCUGGUCGGUUUGUUGCCGACGUAGCGCCGAAGUCGGUAAGCAGCUUGCCCAUGUUCUUCUGUCACGACAACACGGUAAAAGGCCAGUGACUCUUGUCGGCUUCAGUCUUGGUGCAAGAGUCAUUUUUUAUUGUCUCCGAGAAAUGGCGGAGAUCGGUGGUGCGGAGGGAAUCGUUCAGGACGCUAUAAUUCUGGGCGCUCCGGUGACAGACAAAGUAACUCAAUGGGAUAAGUGUUGUCGAGUCGUCGCUGGUAACGUUAUCAAUGGUUAUUGCAGGGGCGACUGGUUGUUGCGUUUUUUGUAUCGCACUUUAUCGAUGACAACGGGGGUGGCCGGUUUGAUGCCUCUAAGUUGCAAAAGAGUGAGAAACGUCGAUCUGAGCGGAAUAAUAUCCGGGCAUACGGAAUACCCUGAAAAAUUGCAAGAAAUAUUGAAAUUCGUUGGUGUCAAGACCCGCGAAACGGAGACCCUCGACGCCGAUGGCGUGCUGAAGAAAUCAUGUUCCGGAGUGCCACAAGUCAGCGCUUCAUUCGCACUCGACUCCAAUCGCGGUUUGAAAAUCUCGAAAUCAGACAUGUGCCUCCCGACUGCCUCUCGACGACAAUCGGGCUGAAAAUUCCUACACUAUCCGUCCGUACAGGCGAGCUUUUUCGAACUUAAAAGGAAACAAACCCAGUGACGGAGUCUAUUUACAAUCUUAUAUACAUAUAUUUAUAUUUAUAGCUUAACGCUAUACGCACGAAGUAUUAUUGAUCUCGUGAUAACAGUUUGUGUUUUAUCGAGAUUAUUUUAUGGUAUUUGAUCGAACCAAUUUUCUCACUAACCGCUGGCGGACCACAAUAAUUAACUUGUUAGUUGAAUGACAGGAUAAACGAAGAUAUAUAAUAUUGUUAGAAAUUAUCAGAGCAAAGAUUGAUAUCAGUUGGUUGAAGUUGCGAUGCAUCGUCGGAGGAAAAGCUUUGUAGAAUUAUACAGUUGCGACGUUUACAUGCACGAUAUUUACAAGGAAAAAAGUGAAUUUGUAGAUUUUGAUAAUUUACACAAUCGCAAAAAAUGCAUUUUAUAUACAUCUAUAUAUAUAUAUAUAUUUUUUAUUUAUUACAUUAUUGCGUUAAAAAUCCGUUCAUUCCUAGUUAUGCAUUGGUCACAGUAUAAAAACAUGAGGAGCUCGAUGAUUUUUGUUAUUUUAAAUGCCGUAUAAAAAUUAUUCGAUAAUUCGGGAAUUGAUGAUUUUCCCUUUGAAAUUUUAAGCGACAUUGUGUACUCCACAGAACGAAACUUACAACGUUGAUAUUGUAUAAUUUACCACGCUAUUUAAUAUUUUAGAAAUUUUUUUUAACAUUCGAUACAGAGAAACGAAAAUCGUUUCGUUUUCUCGUUCUGGAAUCCGAUUAAAUGAUCGAGAACAAUCUGGAUCAAUGAUUAAUAUAAAUACUUUGUUUCCCCUG